UGGAGACCAUCUGGAAGGGCAUUACAUUAGCACGGUGUAAGGAACGGGGGCGUGUUUCUAGAACCACUCGACCUUCAUCUGGUUGAUCCAAUAACCCGUAAGACGUCAUUAUGGUCGUAAAAAUAAAAUAGGGUAUUUGUCAAGGGGAAAUGCAAAUCUGCGUCGGGGAGGAGUCGAAAUGGAUCGCGCGUCCUCCUCUUCUCGGUGGCCGCGUGAAGAUGGUGCAAGCCUUCAAAGGGAAAAAGGCCGGAUGGGCCGAUGUGAGCGGUCGGGGGAUCCGCGCUAGGCGGACGCCGACCUUCAGCUGCUCCUCCCGCCCGCAAUUUAAUGCGGGCAGCGUCCACUCUCCUAUUUCCGAUCUGAUACUACUAUUCAUUGCGCUUCCUUCUCCUCAUCUCACCUCUCCAAUCUCACUUGUCAAUCACUGCGGCAGGUGGUCAACAGACCCUGGGAGGGUCUCAGUCAUCAUCCCUACAGCUGCUUCCCACUUCGAAGCUGUUGGUCGCUCAACUUCCAAUUGGCUCACGGUUCAGAUCGGCUCUAUCUAUGUUUCCCUAAUUGGCUAUGGUUGUCAGACUUGGGAUCGUCAUAGGGAAUUAGAAAUCUUGCAUUUACGCGCCAAACAAUGCCGAAUUUACCGCCCAAGGAAUUCGUCGCUGUCUGCUUAUGUUCCGCUCGCGACACCAUUCUGCAUCGUGAUGGCGGAGAUGUACUCGGGGCUCCACGUGGGCCAACGUUUUAG